CACCAUGCCUUGACUUCCCAACGCAUUCUUCUAUCUAUCUGUUCAUUUCUGUCGCGGUGCGUAGCACUGCUGUUUUCCUGUGGCAGGCGAUGGUUCCCGUACUCGCCUACGGGAACGUCAGGUCCCUGGGACAACCUAUCCGCAACCUGCUCGUCUACAGGGGAGUCGAGUUCGAGGACAAACAGUACGAAGUCGGGCCCCCGCCCGACUACAGCCUGUCCGCCUGGCUGAAGGAAAAGUACACGCUGAGCUUCACGUUCCCUAACCUUCCGUACUACAUCGACGACCACGUUAGGCUGACCCAGAGCUUGGCCAUCCUCCGCUACCUGGGAAGAAAGCACGACCUGGCUGCCAGGAAUGAGCUGGAGACCGCAGAACUGGACGUGAUCGAGCAGCAGGCCCGGGACUUGUGCCUCAAUCUGAUCAAUGCGGCCACGCCGAAGCCGGAGGACGAGUACGGUCUCUACUCCUACUCCAAGAUGCUGGGCGAGGUCCUGAAACCCUGGGACGACUUCCUAGCCUCCAGGAAGUGGACGAUGGGGGACAGGCUGACGUACGUGGACUUCAUGCUUUACGAAGGGCUCGACUGGCACCGACAGUUCAAACCAUGCGUUAUGAAAGGGUACAUGAACAUCCUUGAGUAUCUGAAGAGGUUCGAGCAGCUGCCCAAUAUCAAGGACUACUUCACUUCAAAUCGCUUCAAGAAAUGGCCCAUCCUCGGCCCCCAAAGGACGUGGGGCUUCAAGAAAACUUCCAUGUGA